GAAUGUUACAGUCGGCCCUGAAAAUAUACCGACACUUUUACGUACCUGACAAUAACAAAUUUUAAUUUCCGUCACGGCGACACCGCCGAAGUGAUCGAUAAAAUAUUGUUAGUUGCCCAUAACACGUCCCAGUGAAAUAUAAUGAUCCCCUUUGUGUUUUGUGAUUCCUAAGUGAAUACAAUGACUUCUUGGAUCGUCCUCUCGCUUAUCCUUUCAGGAGGUUUUCACGUCUAUGCUGAUAAUUUAGCUUUAUUAUCAGGAACCCUAAGGACCUACCAACGAGCAGGGUGCGACGAUGAAGUUGUGACCUUGAAGUGUCCCCCGGGAACCAGCAUAUCCAUCGAAGUAGCCCAGUAUGGGAAAUCUGCCCCUUCCAAGUCACUAUGUGGGGUCAGGUCCACCCCUUCCGCCAUUUCCAGGAUGUCCUACAGCUACAACGUGUCCUGCUUAUGGCCUAAUGCUAUCCAGAGUAAGUGGGAAGGAUCUGAAGGCAACUGGGGGAGAUACUCGCUGUUGCAGACCGUGGUGGAGACCUGCCAGAAGAAGCGUCAGUGCAAGUUCCAGCCGAAUCCGAAGACCUUCGGGGGGGACCCCUGCCCGGGAGUUCGAAAGUACGUCGAAGUCGCUUACAAGUGUAGGCCAUAUGAGUUUCGAAGUAAAGUGGCCUGCGAGAAUGAGCGAAUCCAAUUGAAGUGCAAUCCCAACUCGAGAGUAGCCGUCUACAGCGCCAGCUACGGCAGGACGGAGUACGAGAGCAUCCAGUGCCCUCAACCUCAGGGUGUGCCAGAGGAAACAUGCCUAGUUAGCUACGCUACUGAGACAGUGAUGCAGCUCUGCCACGGGAAGAGGACAUGUGAUUUGACAGCCGACAUCAGUACAUUCGGAAGUCCAUGCAAACCUCAAUCCAGGAUGUACUUAAAAGUGGUGUACACGUGCGUGCCGAGGAAAGUACUGAAAGAACAAUACGAAGGCGCUUUAGAACCAGACGAAACCGAAGACGAAUUUUCAAACGACGAAGACGACGAUUUCGACGUAUACGAUGCUGGAAACGAAUUCAUCCGAGAGUCCGCCGCCUCUCCGCCAGCGCCAAACAUCGAAGGCAUCGCCAAAGACAACUUUACCAAAGAUAUAAGCGACGUUAGCUCCAAAACUCCGCCGCACAAGUCCAACGGGUUCGACUUUGCCCCCUUUCAGCCCCACACAACUCCUCGUUCUCGUUCUAACCCGUUCCGUUCCCGAUCUCCAACCAUGCAGAAAACUACCAAAGAUAUGUUGGCCGAUGUUAUCCCCGAUCCAAAUUGCACCAUCACGGUGUACGCCGGGUCGGAUCCAAGCCAGAAAACCGGGGUGAUCGGCUUCAUUUCCGAGUGGAUUAACGCGUACGCAUUCGUCUCACAAAACCAAGAACGCUUCUUCCUCUACCUAAUAGUGAGCGUGGCGGCGGGCCUCCUCCUCCUGCUCAGCUUCCUGGUGGGCCGCCUCCUCCUGCAACGGCACCGGGCGAGACGCGAAGCGAAAUUCCACGCUACGAACAUUUCCGAGAACACCCUCCCCAACGGCUUCACGGACGACAUCAGCGAAGUCGACGCCGACAUCGACCUGACCACGCCGCUGCCGGGGCCGGUCCCUUCGGUGACGAUCCACUCGCCCCCCAUGGGCAGUAUCGCCGAGGUGGUGCGAUACCCCCACGUGCACUCCCACACGCUGCGCCGUCCCCCCCAGGCCAUGGAGAGCGACAUGCCGAGGAGUUUGAGCAGCGCCUCCAGCACCCACUACUACUACGGAUGACCGGAGUGCCCGGGGCGCGGGGCAACUAUUCCACAGUCGCCGACAUCGUCCGCGUGCCCGGGCCAGCGCACUUACUGCUUCUAGUGCUGCAGAGCGGCCAGACGUUCAGUGCACGUUGCUGUUCAGUGAACCAGACCAAAGAUACAUUCACCUCUAGACUUUCGUCAAAGACUACCAGUACUGUUAUUGUUUAUUUUGCCGUGUGACCCGCGAAAUGGAACACCCGGUAUUCGCCACGGCGUCCCUGGGGGUCCGGAAGGGGCGGUUACACUCUCUCCUCGUCUUUUGCACAUACCGGAAGUAAAAUAAGCUAAAAAUGCACGAUCCUUGACUCGAUUUACCUAAUUUUCUACAGAACCUUAAGAUUAAUUUUUAGUUCCGAUUUUCUCUAGAUUUUGAUAAAUGUAGCAAAAUUUUAUAUAUUUGGAAAAAAAAAUGAAUUUGUAAGUCAAAUCCUAAUAAUAACUUCAUUUCUGGACAAAAAAAAAGAAAUAUAUAUAUAUU